UGAAAAUUUUCUAAUUCAAUAAUUUCAACUAGCAAGAACAAGAAAACACCAAAAGUCAUGGUUUUGUCUUGAUAAAAUGGUUUAGAUUCCCAUCGAAAGAGGACGACUCCUUAGUAGGCUAAAGGUUUGUAAUUUGCAUGUUUUUAAUCUAUUAUAAAAGGAGCCAGCCUCGAGAAGAAGAAAACCAACAUUCUCUCCAGUUCUUGAAAAAAAAAAAAUCGUUUAUAUAUGGUUAUGGACUUCGAAAUCUUGGGGCUUAUCCUAUUAGUUUUGACAUGGGUUGCAUGGGCAAUGGUGACUGAGCGUCGCCACCGUCGAAUGGAAGAGCAAGGGCUGCUACCACCAGGGCCGAGAUGUUGGCCAGUAGUAGGCAACAUCUUCCAACUUGGUUGGUCUCCCCACAAGUCAUUUGCCAGGCUGACUCGCAUCCACGGUCCAAUCAUGACCCUCUGGCUCGGCUCCAUGUGCACCGUGGUCAUCUCAUCGGACGAGGUGGCUCGCCAAAUGUUCAAGAACCACGAUGUGGUGCUAGCAGGACGAAAAAUCUACGAGGCAAUGAAAGGAGACUAUGGAAAUGAAGGGUCUAUUAUCACAGCCCAAUAUGGAGCUCAUUGGCGAAUGCUGAGACGCAUAUGCACCACCGAAUUCUUCGUGACGAGCCGGCUAGACGCCAUGCGAGGGGUUCGCAGUAGGUGCAUAGAUCGCAUGGUUCAGUUCAUAGAAGAAGCUGGUGGUGGAAACUGUACUAAAGCCAUAGAUGUUGGCAGAUUCUUUUUCUUGAUGUCCUUUAAUUUGAUUGGAAAUUUAAUGUUCUCCAAAGAUUUGCUGGACCCACAAUCAGAGAGAGGUGCCAAGUUCUUCUACCAUGCAGGGAAGGUCAUGGAGUUGGCCGGGAAGCCUAAUAUGGCAGAUUUCCUGCCAUUUCUAAGAUGGCUGGACCCUCAAGGUAUAAGGAGAAGUACCCAGUUCCAUGUGGAAAGAGCCUUUGAAAUUGCCGGAGGGUUCAUCAGAGAAAGGAUGAAGAGUAUGGACAACGGAGGCAGCGAUGAAGAGAAGAGGAAGGAUUUCUUGGAUGUGCUUUUGGAGUUUCGUGGUGAUGGUCCUGAGGAGCCUUCUACGUUUUCUUCAAGAACCAUCAACGUUAUUGUUUUUGAGAUGUUUACAGCAGGGACGGAUACAACAACUAGCACUUUAGAGUGGGCAAUGGCUGAACUUCUGCAUAAUCCAAAAGAAUUACACAAAGUCCAGGCUGAGAUAAGAAGCACAAUUGGCCCCAACAAGAAGCUCCAAGAGAAGGACAUUGAGAAUCUCCCAUACCUAAAAGCAGUCAUCAAGGAGACACUGAGACUUCACCCACCUCUGCCUUUCCUAGUCCCACACAUGGCCAUGGACUCAUGCAAGAUGCUAGGUUACUACAUCCCUAAAGAAACACAAAUUCUAGUAAAUGUCUGGGCAAUAGGGAGGGACCCAAAGACAUGGGAGGACCCUUUAGCUUUCAAGCCUGACAGGUUCUUGGAGCCAAACAUGGUGGAUUAUAAAGGGCAUCAUUUUGAGUUCAUACCCUUUGGUUCUGGUCGUAGAAUGUGCCCAGCCAUGCCUCUUGCUUCUCGUGUGCUUCCACUGGCUCUGGGGUCGCUCUUGUAUUCCUUUGAUUGGGUUUUGGCUGAUGGGAUCAAGGCAGAGGAUAUGGACAUGUCUGAAAGAAUGGGGAUAACACUUAGAAAAUCUGUUCCCUUGAAGGCUUUACCAAUGCCUUACAAGGGCUAUAAGAAUAACAUUUCUGCAUGUGUAGCAUAAUUAUUAACAAAAGGUUGAAAUUAAUCAAAUUAUGAUGAGUAUAUUUUUCAGAA